UCAUACUCUAAAAAGCUUUGUUCCUCUGCUUCCACACACACUCUCUCGCUCUCGUCAAACAUUAUAUGUUAUUCCACAUUUGUCCCUACCAGACUCCAAAUCUCGUUUCUGCAUCACCUUUUUCGAUCCAUUUCUUCUGUUCCGGCCGCCGGCGACUGUGUCUCUCCGGUUAGUUCUCUCUGCUGUUAGGGUUUUAGCAGUAUUGCGCUGUAUACUGCCAUUGCGUUUGAAUUAGGGUUUUGCCGUUAUCUAGAUUCGUUGGCUGAGUAUCGCUCGGCGGUUGAAAUUAGGGUUUCUUGUAUUGGAUAUGGCGGCUCCACUUCUCGUUUGAAAAUAUUUCAAAUUAGGUUUGGAAUAUAGCAUUUAUAUUUGAGUUUUGGGGGUACUCGUUACUGUUUGGGACUCGGCAUCAGCGUCUUUGAGUUUUUUUUUUCUUCAGUGAUGCCGAGGAGUUCGAAGCACAAGUCAAGUAAGCAUAGUUCGAAGGAGGUGAAGGAGUAUUCGGAUUCGGAGAAGGAUUCGAGCUUCAAGGAUCGGAAGGGGAAGGAAGAGAGUGGCGGAGUUAGGGUUUCGAAAGAUACAAUCUCGAGUGAUAAGCGGAAGCUUGAAUCGAAGGAUGGAAAGGACUUGUAUAGUGCUUCAGGAAACGGGGACUAUUCGGAUGAGUACAGUUCGUCAAAGCGGCGCAAGGAGAGGGCUGAUGAAAGAGCAACUGAUAGGUGGAAUGGGGGUGAUGAUGAUCACCGAGGCAGUGGCGAGGGUUCCAAGAAGUCGUCGAAAGCAUCAGGGGAUACGAAGAGUAAGAGGAGGGAUGAAAAUAUGGGAAUGUAUGAAGAGGCUGAGGACUUGAAGAAGGGUAGUAUUGGUGGGAAGGGUGAGGGAAGGCAUAGGGAUAGGGAUUCUAGUCGAAAGGAGGGUAAGGAUGGUGGGACAGAGAGAGACAGAGAUAAGGAGAAGGAGAAGGACAGGGAAAGAAAAACUAAGGAAGGACGUUGUGAGAAACCUGUUGGUGGCGAUGAACAUCGUGCGGCGGUGAAGCAAGUAAUCGAAAAUACUGAUUUGGAUGCUCAAGGUGAUUUGGGAAGUCCUGAACCAGAUAACCUGCUUGAAAGAAGGAGGAAAAAACGAGAUCCUUCUAUUGAUUAUGAGAAGCAUCAAGAUGAUAUGGGAGACUUUAACAAUAGAAGAUUAUCUUCCAGGGAGGAUACUGGCAAGGAUGGAAAACAAAGAGAUGAGAAGCGCAAGGAUGAGAGAUACAAAGAGAAGUAUCGAGAAGAAAUUGUUGAUAGAGACAGCAAGCAUCGUGAUGACAGACCAAAGGAUGAGCGCCCUGCAAAAGAUCAUCUUAGUAGCAGAUCUGAAGAUAAGCAUAUGAAGGAUGAAAAGGAUACUGCAGAAAUGCAAAAUAAGAAAUCUAAACUUCAUGAUGGGGAGCGCAAAGGAGAGAAUGAUCGAGAUCGUGACCGUCAUCGUGACUUAAAUGUCAGAGAUCGUGACCGACAUCGUGAGCAUGAUCGUGACCGUGGUCGCGAUCGUGAUUAUGAUCGUGAUCAUGAUUGGGAAUGGGACCGAGAUCGAGAUGGGGACCGUGAUCGAGAACGCAACCGUGAUCGGGAUCGGGAACGUGAUAGAGACCGUGAGCGUGAUCGAGACAGGGACUACGAUCGAGAUCAUGACCAUGAUUUUGAUCGGGACUAUAGUAGCUCACUUCUUGAUGACCGAGCUUCUAGAUACAAAGAUAGCAGCAGGGCAAAGAAAAGAUCUCCAGAUGAUCGUGACGAUAUUAGUGACUUUCCAUCCAGAGGUAGUAAAAAUCGUUAUUCUGAUAUGGAAAAGAAGGCUUUAAGUGGUGAUCGAAUAGAGUCAGAUGCUAAUAAGGGUAGAUCUCAUUCACGGCAAACUAUGGUAGACACCAUUACAAGCAGUGACAAGCGGAGGAAAUCCCCCAGUUCCAGUCCACGUGUUGGCGUUGAGGAGUAUAGGCAUCUAAAUUCUGAAGAUUUGAAGUACAGGGAUGCAUUGACUGAACACAGGUCCAAAGCAAUUCCUUCAAAAGAUGUAUCUGGUUUUUCUAUCGGACUAGAAAAAGGCCCUAAAUACAGAUCCAUGGAGAAAUCCACUAAAUUGGAUGACACUCUGUUGGGAGAACUGUCAACUGAAAAGUCUUCUAGUUCUAAAGCUUCACCCUUGGGUUUGAUGGAAAGAUCUCCUUCAUCUUCAAGUAUUGACCGUAGGUACAUGAAUAGAACGGGUGCUAGGCGGAGUCUUGACAUUGAAGAAACAGGGCGGAGAAACAGUGCCUCUAUUGAUAAUAGAGAUUUUGGUGCUUCUGAUGAUAGACUGAGUCGGGACUUACCAUCAGAGAAGCCUUUGGCAGACGACUCCUCUCCUGUUGAUUCCAACUUUUACAAUAGGUCUACACAGGGUAACUCAUCUUUGAUUCCUUCACACUCUGCUUUCAGGACUGGAGUUGACAGCCCUUUUAUGGGCUCUCUUGAAGAUGAUAGCAGGAUUAAUUCCAAUGCACGUUAUCGGAGGAGUGAUCUCAACAUGGGAAGAGGGCAUAAUAAUGCAUGGAGGGGUGUUUCAAACUGGAAUUCACCACUACCGAAUGGCUUUAUGCCUUUCCAACCUGGGCCACCUCAUGCAGGUUUUCAAGGGAUGAUGGCACAAUUUCCUGGUCCUCUUUUUGGUGUUAGACCUUCAUUGGAAAUUAACCAUGCUGGGAUUCCAUAUCAUAUGCCAGAUGCUGACAGAUUUUCCAGUCCCAUGCGUCCACUUGGUUGGCAGAAUAUAAUGGAUGGUUCAGGACCAUCUCAUUUGCAUGGGUGGGAUGGAAGUAAUGGUGUCUUUAGAGACGAGCCUCACUUGUUUGGGGCAGCUGAGUGGGACCAGAACAGGCAUCCAAUGAAUAGCAGGGGAAGGGAAUCCAGUGUUGAUGUGUGGAAAGGACAAAACGGAGAUACAAAAAGAGACUUGCGUUCCCCAUCUCACAAAGACGAGGCAUCACUGGAUGAUGGCUUGGCCGUUCAGAUUGGUCAGAUGUCUAAUCAUGAAGAUAAUCGUGGCAAUGGGAUUCUGGGAAAGUUUUCUGAAACAAGAUCUGGUGCAACUUCUUCUGCAGAAGAGUCAACUCCUAAGGUUAUCCAUGAAAAGAAACUUGGUCCUCCUAAAUCUUCAAAGGAAAAUGUUUAUUGUUUGAGCCGUUACUAUCUCUCCAAGCUUGACAUUUCUGCAGAACUUGCACGACCAGAAUUGUAUAACCAAUGUAUGAGCUUAAUUGAUAUUGAUCAAAGUACAACUACUGAUGAAGAGACCACUGUGCGUAUAAUGUCAAAGGACUAUCUGAGAGCUGAAGUGAAAUCGUCUGUUAAUACAUUGCGGAGUUCACAUUUUUCUUCCAUGAAGAAAUCUGUCUUUCAGUUGGUUGAUGUUGUUCAUGUCUUGCAGAGGGCUAUGGAUCUUUACAAGAAACAGAGAAUGGAAGCAACAGGUGGGCCAUUUUUGCCCAAUAGAACAUUGAAUGUUGUAUCAAAAUCAGAAUCAAAUCAGAAGCAAGAGGUCCAUACUGAUGUAGAAAUGGUGGAGGACUCAGUUCCAACUUUAGGUACAGAAAUUGCAGAUGCUUCAAAUUCGAAGUUGGAUGUAGAGAAUGUUGAACCUGUUAUCUCUGUUGCAUCUGAGGUGAAAUCAGAAGCGGUGGUUUCACCUCCUACUUGUGAGAUGCAGAAUCACAAUCCUCUUACUUUUCCAAAGUUGGAAGUGCCCGUGGGAGAGGAUGGUCAAGAGAAUACAGAGGAGGAGCCACAGACCAUUUUCAAUGAAGUGAAAACAGAAGUGAUAUCUUCGUCUGAGCAGCAGGUGACUCCUCCUGGGGAUUCAACUGCAGCAGCAGCAGCAGCAGAUGGAGCCUUGUCACCUGACAAUGCAUCACUGCCAGCCGCAUCUAUAUCGGCUGAGGGUGAAAACAUGGAUGAAAAUAGCAGGGCCAACGGGGGCCAAUCUGUUGACAACGAAGAGGAAGGUGGUAUGGCUUUGGGUGAUGGGAUGAGUGGUCCUGUGUCUGUUCCAGGUGAAUCAUCUCCCAAGGAUUGUGAGGCUGUGAUGUCUGGGUCAAAUGAGUCUGAGUCGGUUAAUUUAAGUCGGAUACAUCAUUCACCUGAAAGUACACAUUGAGACAAUUUCUAUAUCCAUCAUGUUCUUUUUAAUUGCCCUUUUGGUAAGCUAGUUUUGCCAUUUCAUAUCUUGUUGCCUUCUCGUUUUCAGCAAAGGAAAUAAAACUAUAGUAUAUGCCUUUUUUGAUUCCCA